AUGGCCGAAACGACGACGUUACCGCAUAUAUCAAGCCUUGUUCAGCCUGCAAUACGAACAGUGGUGUCCAGCGAGGACAACUGGAAGGGCAAGACGAGCCCUGCGGAGAGACGGAAGAUCCAGAACAGGCUCAAUCAGCGAACGUGGAGACAACGAAGAAAAGCUGAAAAGCAACAGCAGCGCCAAGCGAAGACCCAACAGUCUGGUACGGACGACAGGAGGCCCUCGUCCCCUUCCUCGGCCAGCAGCAGCCUGUCGCCGCCGUCCUCCAGCGCCAUCGUAGCAAGCUCAGAGUGGGCAGCGGCAUUACCGGCCGCCUCCGUGGCCAAUGAUAAUGGCACGACGACCUACAUGACGGUGGAAGUGUCUCGGCAGGGCCUGUACAAGUCGAAAACGAGCUCGCGGAGAAGCGCCAAGUACAUGACGCUGAUGGCCUUGAAGUACAUCGGACGGCGACGACAAAUUGCAGACAUUCGCGACGAGGACUUAGACGAUAUCUAUCAGCUGUUCCUACAGCACGCUCAUCAAAGUCGAAGGAGCCCGAGCCCGGAUCCAAUGUCGGAUUCACUAAUACCGCUCGUGCAAUUCAAUUUGUUCCGCGGCUUGAUGGAGAACAUGAAGACGUUGGGUAUCACUAUGCCUAUGAUAUGUGACGAUGACUGCGUGUCUCCCUUUGGAACUGAUCCCGUGUACAAUGUCACUAAUGCGUGGAAUGUCCCGUACUUUUUGAGGCCGACGGAGACGCAGCUGACAACGGUACACCAUCCCUGGCUCGACUUUUUGCCCCUACCGAGGAUGCGGGAUAACCUGAUCAAGGCUGGUGAUGACUGGGACGACGAGGCGCUGUGUCUAGACAUGGUAGGCGACGCAGAUGCGCCAUCGGGAAAAGGAGGCAUGAUUCUGUGGGGAGAGCCAUGGGAUCCCAAUAGCUGGGAGGUCACAGAGGACUUUGUCGAGAAGUGGCGGUGGAUCUUUAAAGGGUGCGAGGAGAUCAUCAGGUCGUCUAACUACUGGAGGGCAAAACGAGGCGAAAAGAGGAUGAGGGUAGACCUGGAGUCCCUUCGGAGUAUCGUGUUCGAGGCGCCUCAGCCGCCCGACUACGAUUUCGACUGUGAGAGCCACAUCAACUUCAUCGACGCCUACUGGAAACCGCUGAGGGAAUGGGCAAAUGUGCUACGACAUACAGACCAAGACGAAAUUGAUACUUUUGAGAACGCUCAUGAGUCCAUCGAGGGGUGUGGAGAAGAGAACGUCGGGUGGAUGAAGGUGUCUACUGAGACGAUGGGUUCCGAUUGGUAUGAGGUAUGGCUCGGCAGUAUCGGCGGCGAUGCCAGCACUUGGUAUGCCUUCUACCAACGACCGCCCGAGAAGGUGUACUGCGACGCGAAAGGCUCUAAGCCCAAGAUGAAUAUACUCUGCGAGUCUGAGCUACUCAGGGACGAAACUCAGGACUUUGACAAAUGGGGCUGGGUGUUCUACAGGUGUACAUACGACGAUGAUGACGGUUGGGCUCGCUUCAAAGACAUCAUCAACGACACAUCGCGACAGGGCAGCGAGUACUACGAGUAUCCGGGAAUCCUCGACAAGAUGAAGUGGACAUUCUUGGAGGACAAAGAACGAUUCGAUCUCGACGAAGUAUCAUUGCGCAGCGUCGUGUACAAGGAGUUGCCGCCGGCCGAUGCCAACCUCUACGUCCGCGGACACAUCAACCUGGUGAACGCUGACUGGCAACCCGCGCGUCUGGAAGAUUACCAUGAAGAGAAUAUCAUCGAAGAACACUUCAGCUUCCCAGCCUUCGAAGGAUGCACCGAGGAGAACGUUGGCUGGAUGAGAUUGGCAGUGAGUGAAGUUGGCCCGUCUACCUUUCAGAGGAUCCCUCAUCUGUGGUACAUCGUUUAUCAGAGACCUCCUGAGAUCGUGUACGGCGUGUAG